AUGGAAGAAUACUGUUUAGGAAGGACAGGCAGGGCAGACAAGGAGAGGCUGUUGCACAAUCCAAAGCACAGACAAAGGCUGGGCAAUGAGUCCAUUGAGAGCAGCCCUGGAGAGAAGGACUUCAAGGUGUUGGUGGGUGAAAAAAUCAAUAUAAGCCAGGAAUGUGUGCUCACAGUGAAGAAAGGCAGUCGCAUCCUGGGGUGCAUCAAGUGUGGCCAGCAGGUUGAGGGAGGGUUGUUUCCCGCCGUGCUGAACCUGGCUACUAAUGCUCUCAUCACAACCAAUGCUACCUGUGGAGAAAAGGGUCGGGAAAUGUACUGCAAACUUGUUGAACAUGUGCCUGGGCAGCCUGCAAGGAACCCUCAGUGCCGUAUUUGUGAUCAAAGGAGCAGGGUACCACAUCAACGACAUCCAAUAACAAAUGCCAUUGAUGGCAAGAACACUUGGUGGCAAAGCCCUAGUAUCCAGAAUGGAAUUGAAUAUCAUUAUGUGACCAUUACAUUGGACCUCCAACAGAUUUUCCAGAUUGCAUAUGUUAUUGUGAAAGCAGCUAACUCACCUCGACCUGGGAAUUGGAUAUUAGAGCGCUCGCUGGAUGGUGUAAACUAUCAACCAUGGCAGUAUUACGCUAUCACAGACAGUGAGUGCCUGACACGCUACAACAUUCAUCCCCGUCCUGGAACUCCAUCCUAUAUUAAAGAUGAUGAAGUCAUAUGCACUUCUUAUUAUUCAAAAAUUCAUCCUCUGGAGAAUGGAGAGGUAAGAUCAGAUGUUGUUCUGUGA